GCCUCAACAAAAAUGGAAACAAAAGUAACGAGAAACAUUAAGGUGGAAGUUGGAGGAGUCAAGUACAUGGGGUAUUGUAAGAAAGUUCAAGCCUUUUAAGGCUGAAUGAGGAGGGGUUGGGUGAAUUUCUCGGAAAAUCGCCAUUGCUCAGUUGGUUAUUGCGUUCCUCUAGUCUUUUUCCAUUUGGAGUGCACUUGGAGUCCAGACAAGGAGUGGACGGGUAGAAUCAGCGGGUUUCACCUGGGGAUAGCCGCCCUGAGGCUGAGCGACGAUCAAAUAAUAAGAUUCAAACAACCACUGCUCUUUUCCAAAAAUUCAAAUAAAAAUCGAUGCUAAGUUUCCUAACCGCUGCAUUGCUUCUGUCGGAUAAGAAAAUAUGCUUGCCAGUGAUGACAAAGAGGAUGAAAAAUCGAAAGCUCCAACGGAAGGCUUAAAUUUCACCAUAGACUCACCUCGGACGCAGACAACAGAUACAGAGAAUGACUACACUUAUCCAUCAAGCACACACGAGCAAGCUGAGCGUUACCUCGCCAAUCACAAGAUAUACGAACUCUUAAAUUUUCUAAUAGGCCAUUUGUUGGUAGAAGAGCCAGACGAUCCAAUCGAGUUCCUGGACAAUCUCCUGAACAAGUGCAUGCUCUUCAAGUCGGAUAUGGAUGAGCCACCGUUGCUCUUCACCACCCGGCACAUCGCCAGCUUAUUUCAAAGUUUGAAUCCCUCUGGCAGUGGGAGAAUUAGCCUGGAGCAAUACAAAAUUGGCAUGAAGACCCUCGGAAUCACAAACUACGAUCAGUGUCCAGUCGAGUGCACACCAGGUUAUGUUGACAAGCACACCUUCGAGGACCAAGCGAAAAAAUGUCUGAUAAAAUCAUUGACUGAAAUGGUCGGCAAAUGUGAGUGAAAAUGGAGUCGAGGCUGUUGGAGAAGAACGUAUUCGGCGCUGGCACAUUUGCGUUGGCUUAUACCGCCAAAUUCAGGCAAUUUCGACAUUCGAGACGAUUUUUUGAGCUCUAGAGUUAUGCCAUGCAGAGCCACUCAACCGCAAUAAAAUCAAAACAUUACCAAGGA